AUGCUUCCACUUGUGGGAGACCUUGUCCCCCCUGCUCGACGGGCAACGGCCCUUUCCAUCGUGUCUUCGGGAAUUGUACUUGGGCUGCUAUUCGCUCGACUCCUAGCCGGCAUCAUUGCCGCGUAUAUUUCGUGGCGGAACAUCUAUUGGCUGGCUCUUGGCCUGCAGUACCUCAUUGUUCUCUUGAUAUGGGCAUUCUUGCCGGAUUAUCCGCCAGUCAACACGGAUGUUUCCUAUUUCAAGAUCUUGGUAUCCAUUGCGACCUAUCUUAUCACCUCCCCCGUUCUCGUGCAAGCGACGCUGAUGGGGUUCUUUCUCUCUGCGACAUUCACCAGCUUCUGGACAACCUUGACAUUCCUUCUGUCGGGCAGCCCAUACUACUUCUCAACCAUCCAGAUCAGUUUGCUCUCCUUGGCAGGGCUCACCCCGAUUCUCUUGGGACCUUUUUACUCCCGCUUCGUGAUUGACAAGUACUCGCAACAUUUUUCGAUCGCUAUCAGCCUCACCAUUAUUUUCACUGGUAUUUGUAUCGGUGCCUAUACCGGGACAUUCCUUCUCGCCGGCCCGAUCCUUCAAGCGGCCUUCCAGGACUUUGGCUUGCAGAUGACGCAGAUUGCGAACCGUACGGCGAUUUUUCACGUCGCUCCGAAAGCUCGCAGUCGAGUCAAUACAGCAUACAUGAUUGGGGUGUUCUGUGGUCAGCUGAUGGGAACCGCAGUGGGCAACCGUGUCUAUGGCGAGAGCGGCUGGGUUCUGGCGGGAACGGUGAGUAUCGUUUUUGUCGGUGUAUCAUAUGUGAUUUGUUUUGUCAAAGGCCCGCUGGAGACCGGAUGGUUCGGAUGGAGUGGCGGGUUUCCGAUUCGAAGGAGAGAUUUAUGA